ACUGCAGACGCCCCAGCAGAUGUCUAGCUGGGUGCUCUGAUUUACAAGUUGAAGGGGGCUUCUGACUUUUCAUAGGUAGGGAAAGAGAGGGGGGAAAUGUGCACUGGCAUGUUCCACGAACAGUCAGCAAUCACGUGUAGUAAGGCUGCUGCAAUCACACCUAUCAACAAAAUCGCGUGCCUGCGUUAUGAUUGGUGCAGAACAGCGUGGGAAAGUGUCGCCCCUUCGUAUCUCAUGCUUACCGCCGAUACACGCUUCGUUGACCUCAGCGAGCAAUAAAAUGUAGCUUCUGUAGUAUUUUCCCACAGUUUGUCUUGCCACGUGCUUGUGUGCGCAUCGUAUCAGUCACGUUCUCUUACCCAAUUGCUACAUACCGUCAGAUUAGUUUUGGCUACAAGCCAACACACUCUUUCGUGUCACCUGGGAUUAUUAUAUUAUAGAUAUUUGAGAUUUUUCAUGAACAAAAUGCCGUCUGAAAAAUCAAUGAAAACUAGUGAAAAUCGAAGGAGCACCAAGCCAAUUAUGGAAAAAAGGCGGCGUGCACGUAUAAAUAACAGCCUUGCGGAGCUGAAAAACCUGAUCCUGGUUGCUCUUAACAAAGAUAACGCUCGUCACUCAAAAUUAGAGAAGGCAGACAUUUUGGAAAUGACUGUAAAGCACCUUCAAAAUAUGCAACGUCAGCAAAUGGCAGCUCGCUCUGAAAAUGACUCUUCGGCCUUGUCAAAGUUUAGAGCCGGUUUCAACGAGUGUGCACGUGAAGUCGGUCAUUACCUGAGUAGAGUGGACGGUAGUGACCCAUCUGUCCAUCAACGUCUUUUAAAUCAUCUAGCUGACUGUUUGUCUGGCCUAAACGAUCGCCUUACACAUCCUUCUGGUGCCAGUUACAAUAUGUCAUCUAUGCAUCCAGUUCACAUCCAAGUUCCCUCUACUCCGACGACUGUUGCAACCGGAAGUAACAAGUUGUACGAUAGUCUUCGCCUCGUCCCAUACCGUCUUCCGACCGGAGAAAUAGCAUUUCUUCUUCCGCGAGACAGCUUGAAUAAUCAGUUCAGUAAAUACUCACCAGCCGUUUCAACUGCUCUCUCCAGUCCAGUAAGUCUUCUGGGGUCAUCUGGAAUAUUGAGCCCUGCUUCCAGUGAUCGAUCAGAAUCAAGCCCUAGUCCUUUUACGCACACUUCUACUGUCUCGUCUUCGAUACCAGUGUUCGAACCCAUUUCUCCCGUCCCUUCCUACAAUCUUGAAAAGCAAGAAUCUGAUACAGUAUGGAGACCGUGGUAGUUCAGAGAAGGAACUGCAGUACCAAUAAGACUAUAAGAUCUUCCACUAAGUGCCAUAUAAAUGUGUAUAUAAUGUUGUAUAAUAUAAAGUGAAGCUAACUGCAAUGUUCCAUAAUUAUUAUUAUUUUAAGAACCAGGAUGACUGUGAUAUAAUAUUAUGUUCUUAAAUUUUUCUUUCAUUAAAUAUUACUCCGGUGCUAUAUAAUUUAUUAUUUCAUUGCCUUUGUAUAUUUUUGUACAUCAUUAAAUAUCAAAUCGAUAUAUAAAACAUGAAU